AGUCGCGGCGGCCGCGAGGUGCCCGGCAGUGCGGCCCCGGCGCGGAGCGGGGAGCCUCGGCCAGCGCCCGGCGCCCGCGCCCCCCGACCCGCAGCCAUGGCGCCCGGGGCGCCCGGGGCCGCCCUGACCCUGUGCCUCUGGCUGGCGGCCUCCGGGGGCUGCAUGGCCGGCGGUGGCCCGCGCGCGGCGGCGGCUGCACGGCGGGGGGACGAGUCGCUGUCGGCCGGGAGCGUCCAGCGCGCCCGCUGCGCCUCCAGGUGCCUCAGCCUGCAGAUCACGCGCAUCUCCGCCUUCUUCCAGCACCUCCAGAACAAUGGUUCCCUGGUUUGGUGCCAGAGUCACAAGCAGUGUUCUAAGUGCUUGGAGCCCUGCAAGGAAUCCUCAGACCUGCGGAAGGAGCAGUGCCAGCGAUUCUGUGAGCCUCUCUUCCCCAAGAAGAACUACGAAUGCCUGACGAGCUGUCAGUUCCUCAAGUACGUGCUGUCCGUGAAGCAGGGGGACUGUCCGGCCCCCGAGAAAGCCAGCGGGUUUGCCGCCGCCUGCGUGGAAAGCUGCGAAGUGGACAGCGAGUGCUCCGGGGUGAAAAAGUGCUGUUCGAAUGGAUGCGGACACACCUGCCAGGUGCCCAAGACGCUGUACAAAGGUGUGCCUCUGAAGCCCAGGAAAGAGUUACGAUUCACAGAGCUACCGUCCGGACAGCUGGAGAUUAAGUGGUCCUCGAAAUUCAAUAUUUCAAUUGAGCCUGUGAUCUACGUGGUACAGAGACGAUGGAAUUAUGGAAUCCACCCUAGUGAAGACGACGCCACGCAUUGGCAGACGGUAGCCCAGACCACAGAUGAGCGGGUUCAGCUGAGUGACAUACGACCCAGCAGAUGGUACCAGUUCCGUGUGGCAGCUGUCAACGUGCAUGGGACCCGAGGCUUCACGGCCCCAAGCAAACACUUCCGUUCCUCUAAAGAUCCAUCUGCACCUCCAGCUCCAGCCAACCUCCGGCUCGCGAACUCCACCAUCAACAGUGACGGGAGUGUGACCGUGACUCUUGUUUGGGACGUCCCCGAGGAACCGGAUAUCCCCGUGCAUCACUACAAAGUGUUCUGGAGCUGGGCAGUCAGCCGCAAGUCAUUUGUCCCCACGAGAAAGAAGCGGAGAAAGACUACAGACGGGUCUCAGCGCUCCGUGACCCUGGAGAGGCUGCAGCCAGACUGUGACUACACAGUGGAACUCCAGGCCAUCGCCUACUGGGGACAGACCCGUCUCAAGAGUGCCAAGGUCUCACUUCAUUUCACGUCCACGCAUGCUGCCAACAACAAAGAACAACUUGGGAAAACUACGAAGGGCGUGAUUGAAACGCAGCCCCCUUUUCAGCGAAGACGGCCCACGCGCCUCCUGGAAAUUGGCGCCCCCUUCUAUCAAGACAGCCAGCUGCAAGUGAAGGUGUACUGGAAAAAAACCGAAGACCCCAGUGUCAGCCGCUACCACGUGCAGUGGUUCCCACAAGUCUGUACCCACAAUGAAUCCGCCAGACCUGACACCUCGUCCGCCACGACCCAGGAAAAUUACAUCAUUCUUCAAGAUCUAGCAUUUUCCUGCAAAUACAAGGUGACGGUCCAACCCGCACGGCCCAAGGGCCGCUUCAAGGCAGAAACCGUUUUCUUCACGACGCCGCCGUGCUCUGCUCUGAAGGGGAAAAGCCAGAAGCACUUCAGCUGCCCCGGAGAGGCAGCCGCUACAGGUCCCGUUCUUUACAAAGUGCUGGCCAAGCCGGAGAAUCUUUCUGCUUCGUUCGUCGUCCGAGAUGCCAACAUCACGGGCCACUUUUCCUGGAAGAUGGCCAAGGCCAACCUGUACCAGCCCGUGACGGGCUUUCAGGUGACGUGGGCCGAGGUCACGACGGAGAGCAGACAGAACAGCCUGCCCAACAGCAUCAUCUCGCAGUCCCAGAUCCUGCCUUCUGAUCAUUAUGUCCUCACUGUGCCCAGUCUGAGGCCAUCCACCCUGUAUAGACUGGAAGUCCAAGUGCUGACCGCGGAGGGCGAAGGGCCAGCCACCAUCAAAACCUUCCGGACCCCCGACCUCCCGCCGUCUUCUGCACACAGGCCCCACCUGAAGCAGCAACACCAUGCACAUCGCCACAAGCCUUCUCCAGAAAGAUACUAACCUGCUCCAAAUGAUGCCUGAACACGGAAGGAACAUGGGAGCUUGCUCCGCUUCAGGCCAAGCCAUGCGCACUUCCGGAAGCAGUUGUCACUCUUUCCCACGGAUGUCACUCUUUCCCACAGACGUCCCUCUCCCAUGCAACUUCCGCACACUGGGUUACUUCCCUCAAUCGCAGAUGCAUCAGAUCUUGAGCCAGAAACGAUGUACCCAUUUCCUGUGAGAGUGGAGAAAAAUGAACCCUCAGCCUAGUUUAACUGCAAAUCCUGCACUCGUGUGGCUUGGUUCGUCUCGACGGAAUUAUUGCAGAACUACGAUUUGCCUGAGUUUCGAGCAGCAAAUCCUCAAGACACAUCGGUGUAACAGAGACACAAUUCAUAUGCACAGGAAGCAUAAAGUUAACCAGUGGAACUUUUAUUAAAUUAUUGAUUUCGAUUUGCAAAACCAACAAAGAUGAUACAGCUUUUAGGCCCCCAUUUAUUCAAAUCUGGAGUAAGAUGAUUUUUUUUAUGACAUGUGACUUUUAACUACAAUAUUUAACCUGAAAUAGACCAGUUAAUGUACAUCUAAAAAUGCUCCCACGGUCCGGUACCUUGAGCUUCAAUUUGUAUACAAAGAAAAAUGAGUGUUCAAUCCGUAAAUUAUGAUUUAUGAGAGACAUCCAAAGCAGGAAAGUGUCCAUGAAUUAAGCUGCUAUCCAGAUUUUGCCUUGGAGAAAUGAAAAGUCUUUUUAAUAUUUCAUCCUAGAAGAUGAGAGAUUUCCCUGAUAACGUUAUUUAUAUUUCCCGUUUUUCCUUAAUGCAGAAAACAGCUGCUGGUGCUCUUGUAUCUAAAAAUUUACAAAACCUCCUGCUUAAAAGGGAAGCCUCCCAACUAUUGAACAUUUUCAAAUCUUUACCAAGAUUUGCCUUUUCUGAAUCAAAGUAAUCUACUUGUACGGGAGAUCAUUCUCAGUGGUAUAAAAAGGGGGGCAUUGAUUGAUAGAGAAGGACAGUUUAUCCUAACAUUUUCAAAUCUAUUAUAUGUUUUUGUUUGGAAACUUCCCCAGGCUACAAACGACUGCCUCAGAGCAUGAACUCAAGUCAAAGCAUGUUAUCAGUAUCUAGUGUUGCAGUGUAUUUGGAGUGAUUCUUAAACUCAGAAGUGUCUCAUUUAGUCAUUUUUCUUGAGGGAAUACCCACAUAUGUGGUUUGAAAUAUGCAUAUGUGUGUGCAUAUAGUUAUAAGUGCAUGCAUGUAUGUGUGUGUGUGUAUAUAUAUAUAUACACACAUAUAUACGUAUAUAUAAAUACACAUGCACACAUCUUGAAUAUGAAUCACUAAAUAAAUUGUUUUCACAGCUCACCAUUGGUGGAUAAAGACAUAGUUCUGAUUAAAGGUUGUAUGGAUAAUAUAUUUUCCCCAUCAAUGUGAUCCUGUGAGAAAAGAGCAAUUUAUCAAAAUUAAACAUUUUGAAGGAAAA